AUUCCAUGGCAAGGGGGCGGCUGGAGCAGGACCAGGACCAGGUGCCUUCCGAGGACAACCGCUUGGAGUUGGAGUUCUUGGCCAGGAACAGGUCGGAGCGGGUGAUCGUCAACAUCGCCGGCCUCAAGUACGAGACCCAACUGGGUACCAUCAACCAGUUCCCGGACACCUUACUGGGCGACCCCCAGAAAAGGAUGAGAUACUUCGACCCCUUGAGGAACGAGUACUUCUUCGACCGGAACCGCCCGAGCUUCGAUGGCAUCCUGUACUUCUAUCAAUCCGGCGGGAAGAUCAGGAGACCGGUCAACGUCUCCAUCGACAUCUUCGCCGACGAGAUCCGCUUCUACCAACUGGGCGCCGAGGCCAUGGAGAGGUUCCGGGAGGAGGAGGGCUUCAUCAAGGAGGAGGAGAAGCCUCUGCCCAAGCAGGAGUUCCAACGCCAGCUUUGGCUGCUCUUCGAGUACCCCGAGAGCUCCAGCCCGGCCCGAGGCAUCGCCAUCGUGUCCGUCCUGGUCAUCGUCAUCUCCAUCAUCAUCUUCUGCCUGGAAACGCUGCCCGAGUUUCGGGACGAGAGGUACAACCUCGUGGGCCCCAAUGGCACCCACAUCUCCUCCAUCCACAUGAGCCUGACCGACCCCUUCUUCGUCAUCGAGACCACCUGCGUGGUCUGGUUCACCCUCGAGCUCCUGAUGAGGUUCUUCGCCUGCCCCAGCAAGUCGGUGUUCUCCAGGGACAUCAUGAACAUCAUCGACGUGGUGGCCAUCUUCCCCUACUUCAUCACCCUGGGCACGGAGCUGGCGGAACAGCAGUCAAACGGCCAACAGGCCAUGUCCCUGGCCAUCCUGAGGGUCAUCCGGCUGGUCAGGGUCUUCAGGAUCUUCAAGCUGUCCAGGCACUCCAAGGGGCUGCAGAUCCUGGGCCAGACCCUGAAGGCCAGCAUGAGGGAGCUGGGCUUGCUCAUCUUCUUCCUCUUCAUCGGGGUCAUCCUCUUCUCCAGCGCCGUGUACUUCGCCGAGGCGGAUGAGCCGUCGUCCUUCUUCUCCAGCAUCCCCGAUGCUUUCUGGUGGGCGGUGGUGACCAUGACCACCGUGGGCUACGGGGACAUGAGGCCGGUCACCAUGGGGGGCAAGAUCGUGGGCUCGCUCUGCGCCAUCGCCGGGGUGUUGACCAUCGCCCUCCCGGUGCCGGUCAUCGUGUCCAACUUCAACUACUUCUACCACCGGGAGACGGACAACGCGGACCAGGGCAGCCUGAACGACGACGACGACAGCGCGGAGGGCAGUUCCUCGGAGGAGAUGAGGAAGAGUAGGACAUCUCUGGGCAAAGCCGGGGCUUUGGAAAAUAGCGAAGGUAUUAACAAUGGGGCAGGGGCCAACCUGAAAGCCCUGAGCCCCCCGGACAUCAGGAAGUCCCUCUACGCUCUCUGCUUGGACUCGAACCGAGAAACCGACUUCUGA